AGUGGAUCAGCUGUUGGCACACUUCAGCUGCUGUGAAUUAGCACAUGACUGAGGAGGGCUCUGUGCCCAGGUUGGAUGUGAGGGUGGAGAACCCUGCAGGCCUCGGGCUGCUCAUUAGUUUUCAGCAGAGCAGAGAUGAUGCUGCUGCUCCUUUGCUCACGUCUGCGCAUGCGCACAUUCUCCAGAACGCACGGAGUUGUGGAGGCAGAAAGGCAGGGGGAAAAAUGGCCCUCGACAAUUUGAUUUUCGCCCAGUGCGUCCUCUAUUUCUUAGCCUUCGUGUUCGGUUUCGUCGCCGUGGUGCCUCUGUCGGAGAACACGGAGGAUUUCGGCGGGAAAUGUCUGCUUUUUACGCGGGGCAUGUGGCAGAAUGAGAACAUUACCGUGUCGAAGCAGCGCUUCAUCGUGGACGAGUGGGGACCGGAGUCUUCCUGCAGCUUCAUCACUUUCGUCGGGAUAGCCUCCCUCAUCCUGUCCGCAGUGCAGGCGUGGAGGCUGCUGUUCCUGCUGUGUAAAGGACACGACGACUCCAUCUUCAACGCCUUCCUCAACCUGCUGAUCAGUUCCCUGGUGGUCUUCACCGUCUUCCUGUCCAGCACCAUCAUCAGCGUGGGUUUCAAUCUGUGGUGCGAUGCCAUCACCGAGGGCGGCACCAUGCCCAGCAGCUGUGAGGAUCUACAGGACACAGAUCUGGAACUGGGUUUAAACAACUCUGCUUUUUAUGACCAGUUUGCUGUGGCUCAGUUCGGCCUGUGGGCGGCCUGGCUCACCUGGCUGGGCAUCACGGUGCUGGCCUUCCUGAAGGUCUAUCACAACUACAGACAAGAAGACCUGCUGGACAGCCUGAUCCACGAGAAGGACCUGCUGCUCAGUCGCUCCUCACGCCACAGCUCCGACCUCAAGACCGGCCUCAUCUAGAAAACCUCAGAGGAAACACACACACACACAAACACACACACGGUCAUCAAAGCCAGAGGUUCAGUCCCUCCUGCUUCCAUACUCACACUCACGUUACUUUCGCAGACAAUCAGUGUUAAUUGGCUUCAGCUCUCAGUGAAUAUGGGUUUAAGAAAAGCUUUGCCUAAACUGUGCCAAGGAUUGCCAAUCCUGAAGUUUAUUUAUUGUAUUUAAUCUCCCGACAGUAUUAUUAUACUCAUUUACAACAGUAUUAUGAACCUGUUUUUUUUUCUUUUUUCUUGACAAACAGCAUAAUGUUUACGGCUUGGACAGAACAGCUGACGGUCACGGUGUGAAUCUCCUGCAUGGAUGUAAAGCAUGACUGUGUAUUAGGUUGGUUUCUAGUCACUUUGAACAUUAUUUAUUUUCCACCUGUCUCUUUGUUCUGUUGGGAUGCACACUGUGUCUCAGUGAAAUGACAACUCUUUGCAUGCUGCAGCAAAUAAGGAGUUGUGCGCCUCUGCAGUGUAAUUCAGAGACUUUCAUCAACGGCCACACGACACGAUGUGUCUUAUGACGGUGACAAAUUGUAUUCUGGGACAUCAUGUAUCCAACAGCUGCUCCAAAAAUGCUUUAAAUGUGAGAUUAAAAAGAAAAAAGUUGA